CCAAAAACGAGAUCAAAGAAGGAUAGGAACCCAGAAGAUCCAUGGCGGAACCAAAACAAAGCUCUCUUUCUGUUUCUGGAUAAACUUGAGAAACGAGCCGAGAGGGUUUGGUUGUUUUCAAGUAUGGAGCCACCGAGUUCGCGACCGGAGGAACCUCCGUCUUGGGACGAGCUUUACAAAAUCAAUCUACUUCCAUCGGAGCUAUUCCUCAAGUUCCGAAAAGAGCUCCAAGGACUUCGCGUAGGCGUCAAUCUCGAGUUAUAUAACGAACCCACCAAUGAUUACCACGCGAAGCUUGUGUUGAAGCCAUUAUCACCAGAGAGGAAGUGGAAGUUUAUAUAUGAGCCAUUACAUCAAGAAGUUCGAGUUUUGUCAAAGAAGAUUCCUCUCACCAGGUUUCUAAACCUUCAGGUUGGUGUUGGACAUAACUUUCAAAUGAAUGCAAUGGGUUGGAAAUGGAAGCUUACUUCGUGUUUGGGUGGUGAUGGUGUGUCUCGGAUUCGGAACAAAACCACUCUUGGUUUGAGUCCUGGUAUCGAUUUCCGGUUUGGAUGGAGAGCUGAUUUUGUACUCCCAGAGGUUACAGGGGCGCUUGGUACUGAAGAACCCUUAUUCAACAUGAGCUCGGGGCGUUUAGAGGCAUCACUGGAUAGAGUAGAAGCCAUUAUAACCCAUUCCGAUUAUCUAUAACCAAUCCCUACUCUUGGUGUUUGCCAUGCCUGAAAGAACAUACAUUGCGAAAACAAAACGAGAUCGUGAGGAAAGCACGGCACUUUGGCGUUCAGAAGCAAACCAAAACAUAUUACAUAAGAUUUUGCUUCAAAGAUGUGUUGAAUACAGAGUUUCAUGUUUGUGGCCUUUUAUAAACAUUUUGUUUUUAUUUAAUUAGUAGGUUUUAAUGAACUUCGAGUUUCUAGAAUCACGGAGCUUUGUUAAAAGAUUGUUAAUUUGGGCGACAUAGAGAGGUCUGUUUUUAUUUCAUUGAUCGCUUCUGGACUUUUGGGUUU